AUGACGAGCGGCCAGUCUACUGUACGCCUAACGCGUUAUCUAGCCAAGUCUAUGGAAUUGGAGAACUAUGUAUCCCCUGCAAAGAAAGCAAGAAUGCAAGACGUCAUCCCCUCACCUACACCCGACUCGAAGGUGAUUGUUCUUGAUGCUGAACCAGGGCUAGACCAUUAUGAGCUAGGUGUUCAAAACAAACCCCUCAUGCCUGCACAAAAAUUGUCAAUGAAGGGUACCACAAGGUUUGAGCUCCCUACAGCCGUCAACUACAAUGACGAAGAAAUUGAAUUUCUGAAGGACUUGUUCGAUGCCUUACACAAGGAAGUUCAAUCAACAUGUGCACCACCACAGAUUAAGGAGUUUUCUUUGACCACUCCUGAAGUUCCUACACAACGACACAAGAAUGAUAGUGGGAUCUGGGUUUGUGUGUAG